AUGCAUUUCAGCUCCUUCAUCGCCUGCCUUGUUUUGGCACCCCUGGCUCUGGCCAUCCCAGCUGAGUUGCCUUCUGCGGAAGGUGCUUUGGCCCUGAGAGCUGCUGAGAACAUUGAGAUCCCGAAGGACCUCCCUGAUGAUUGGAAAACUGCCCUCGAGGCUUACUUCAAAGACACCGAUUUGGACCUUGAGAACAGAGAUCUCGACAAGAGGAGCAACGUGCCGUUCAUGCACUGUGGCUGGCGUCGCUUUUUUAGUGGUGUCACCUGCAUGUGGGCGAUCGCUGCUCGCGGACUCGAUGUGAAGGAAGAUUCCAAAUGCUCAGCCGCUGUUGUAGCCACCAUUUUGUCAGCUUCAAACAACUGCAAGCUGUGUGUCAAUGGUCACCUCUGA